AUGAAAUUUGCAAUUAGUGUAAUAUGCGCAUCUAAUCAAAAUAGAAGCAUGGAAGCUCAUUGUGUACUUAAAAACGCAGGUUAUAAUGUAAGAUCGUUUGGUACGAGUUCUGCUGUAAGACUUCCUGGUCCUUCUAUAGAUAAGCCAAAUAUUUAUCCAUUUGGAACACCUUAUGAUCAAAUAUAUAAUGAGUUAAAGACUAAAGAUAUAAAACUAUAUACAGCGAAUGGAUUAUUAAAUAUGUUGGAUAGAAAUAGAAAAAUAAAAAAUUAUCCUGAAAGAUGGCAAGAUAACCGUGAUCUUUUUGAUAUUGUUAUUACAUGUGAAGAAAGAUGUUUUGAUACUGUAUGCGAAGACUUAAUUAAUCGUGGAGAACUCAUGAAUCGAAUAGUCCAUGUUAUAAACAUAGACAUCAAAGAUAAUCAUGAAGAAGCUGUUAUUGGUGGACAAGCUAUUUUGAAAUUAAUUGAUGCACUCUCUUCAUCGAAUGCAAUAGACGACGAUAUUUAUAAUAUUUUUUCUGCAUGGCAAAAAGAUCAUCCCAAGCUUUCAUUACUUCAUUCUGUUCAUUAUCAAUAG